AUGGCUAGUUUGUGGGUGAUUCUAUUGGUAGUUUUCGCCUAUUAUCACUUGGAUUUGGAACCUGUUUCCCAUGUUGUGGCCCGUCCUUCUCCAAAUGACAUUCUCGAGUGGCGUAAGUCCUUUUCACGAUUGUUUUAUCUAAUUAUGUAUUGGAGGGUAGUGAAGGAACAGCUUUUGCAGAGCAUAGCCUAUGAACCAUCUCCUUUGAUCAAUUGCUACAAUCUUGUUAAAUCUAAGAUGGACAAUAGUCCUACCACCGGCAGUGUAAAUACUACUGUGGUUGAGAAGCAACGGCUUGCAAAGGCUUCUCUGGCUUUCAAUUGUAAAAACCCAACGUUUAGGAAAUUAUUUCCGGAGUAUGUGGAGAAGUAUGAACAACAGCAGCUCUCUGAGCAGCCUGUUCCAGAGCAGUUACCAUCAGUGCCAACUCAAGAAGAUAAUUCCCGAAACUUGUUGGAGAAGCGUGGUAAUUUGAUGAGAGAGGAACCAAAUAGAGUAGAAGCCCCCAUAGACAUGAAUAACCAGAAGCGGAAAUCUUUUCCAACCUGGGUCCUGUUGCUGUUAGUUUCCAUUUUUGGUAUUUUAAUGGCCUUGCCUCUGCUUCAACUUUGA